UUAGUGUUACGCCCUUUCUAUUCCGUUGGCAACCAGUUAUUAAUAGAUUUUAAAUGCAAUAAUAAACAGAGAACUUCAGUUGGCAACGGACGCUACUUACGAACAAACAUGGUCAUGUUAUACAAGUUAGACGCCAGCCCUCCGGCGCGAGCGUGCAUGGUGGCCUGCGAACUUUUCAACAUUCCCGUACAGCUGAUCAAUGUUGACAUGCCGUCGGGAGAGCAUAAGAAACCAGAAUAUUUGAAGAAAAAUCCCCUACACACCGUGCCAGUUCUGGAAGAUGACAAUGUAAUAAUUCAUGACAGCCAUGCUAUCCUGAUGUACCUCGCUGACGUGUACGGCAAGCAAGACUCCGUCUACCCAAAGGACCCCAAACAGAGGGCUCGUGUCAACCAGAUGCUCUUCUUCGACAGUUCUGUCUUGUUCCAGAGGCUACGAAACAUAACGUAUCCACUAUACGUGGAAGGAAUUACCGACAUCCCCGAAAAGAACCUACUUGCCAUCGACGAGGCGUACGGCUACAUUGAGGAGUUCCUCUCCCGCAGUAAAUACCUGGCUGGUGACAAUAUCACCAUCGCCGACGUUUCGGCGUUCACUACGGUCGGUGCGCUUGUUGUAAUUCGGGAUCUUGACACUAAAAAGUACCCUAAACUACAGGCGUGGCUGAAAGAGAUAGAAUCACUACCAUACAUUCAAAAGGGCAACACUAAAGGUGCCAAAGAGUUUGAAACAUUUGUUAAGUCCAAACUCGAACGUGACGCUCUAAGAAAGUGGCGUCCUCAGAACGUGGCAUCCACAGAAAGUGGCGUCUUCAGAACUCGACCUAACCAGAAAGUGACUAGUAAAGAAAAUGACAUCGUAUUGUGCCUUAUGGUCAAGUUAUACAAGAUAAACGCUAGCCCUCCGGCGCGGUCAUGCAUGGUGGCCUGCGAACUCUUCAACAUUCCCGUACAGCUGGUCGAUGUCGACUUCGCAUCAGGCGAGAAUAGGAAACCAGAAUAUUUGAAGAAAAAUCCUUUACACACCGUUCCAGUUCUUGAAGAUGAUAAUGUUGUCAUUCACGACAGCCAUGCCAUCCUGAUGUACCUCGCUGAUGUGUACGGCAAGCAAGAAUCCUACUACCCGAAGGAUCCCAAACAGAGGGCUCGCGUCAACCAGAUACUCUUCUUCAACAGUUCCGUCUUGUUCGGAACGCUACGAAAUAUAUCGUAUCCGCUAUUCGUCGACGGAAUUACCGACGUUCCCGAAAAGAACCUACUUGCCAUCGACGAGGCGUACGGCUACAUUGAGGAGUUCCUCUCCCGCAGUAAAUACCUGGCUGGUGACAAUAUCACCAUCGCUGACAUUUCGGCAUUCCCUAUGAUCGGUGGGCUUAUCGCGAUUCGGCAGUUCGACGCUAAAAAGUACCCUAAACUGCAGGCGUGGCUGAAAGAGAUAGAAUCACUACCAUACGUUCAAAAGGGCAACGCAAAGGGUGCCCAGGAGUAUGAACAAUUUCUGAAGUCCAAACUAGGUUAAGCUGGCGUAAUAUUUGUAUAUUUUUAUUUUAACACAAUUAAACAAAUAAAUACAACAAACUAGUAUGAUAUUUAAGUACAUGAUGUAAUAAAAUAAGUAACAUAUAAGUAGGUACAUUUUCCAGGAGUUACUUUUCUAUAUAAUUAACCAUUGGGUUGAGCAGAACUUUUACUCGGACGCGAUGGCUAGGUAAAGUAUUAUAUAUACGAGUAAAAACUUUACGUAAUGUUUGAAUAGAGCUACCAAUUAGUCCCAGUGAACCUGCAUUGCAGAUAAUUUGCUAGCUUUGCCAAACGGGACGGUGAGAUUUUAAUACUUCGUUUAUUUUCACUGUAGCUCGUCACUUUGGCCGGAUGGAAUGAUGAAUUUCAAUGUAAAAAGCGAAUACUUAUUUAGAUAGACAAAAUCAAACAUAUUAAGGUAAAAGUACACACUAAUGGGCGUUCGUCAAUAAAUGUGACAGGUACUCUUCUGUCACAUUUAUUGACGAACGGUCUGCCCUAGCCAGGUAGUGAUCCUUUAAAAUGCUUUCAAAAAUUGACACGCAUAAUAUUAGAUAUGAAAAUAACGAUACUCACGAACUCAAGCAACAAGACAAGAUUCACGAAUUUCACAAUUUUACUAUAGGUUCAAUUUUUUCGUUACACGAUAUGCCUAAGAACUUUACGAGGGAAGACAUUAUGAUCGGCUUAAAAUAUGUAAUUUAUAGGUACCUAGAUGUUUGUCAACUCAACCAGCUUUCAGCACGGACUUUUAAAAUCAAUCAUUCGAGUAGCUGGUACUGAUUGGACGGAUACACAAGAACGUAUUAUAUUAUAUUGAGGCUGAUCGAUGGUGGCGAGUUUCGCUUGUUUUCUCUGUUGUUUUAUGACGUGCGUUUACCAAAAUGACGUAAUUUUCUUAAGAAAAACUGAAAAAAACUACUACAAACAAUGUCUACAAGUCUACAUGCCUUUACUGAUUCUAAUACAUAUAUUUGUGUGCUUUGGAAAAGUUUGAAAAAUAACAUCGUGAAUCACGCCAGAGCUAAGCAGUUCUGCAGCACCCGAAGCGACGGUUUUUUGAUAUAUGUAAUGUAAGUAUUCCAUAAAGUAAUUACGGGCUGAUGAGUUUAUAACUUCAGUGAUUCACAAGCUUCAGCUUUAGAGUUAUAAGUUGUUAUAUGCAACGUGUCUCUGUCAAAUCGCGCUACUUAGUAACCACGUACUCAGCCAAGAUAUUCUGAAGACGAAUUCACAACAACUGGGUUCGAGACUCGACAUAUUCCAUUCAAGUUCGAAAGUUUUCGUACUUAUGGCCUAGCCAACGUCACAAAAGCUUACGCUUCGUAAACAUAUCUUAGCUAGACCUCCCUAUCCCUCUUCAGUAGUGGCGCGACAGAGCCAGACUGCGUUUCGGUCGCCAAUUGUCGUUACGGCUAUCAAAAUUCCGCUCCAAAAAUACGUGAGCACCAUAACUAAGGAACUUUACAGCAUAACUCUUCUGCUCUUUGUGUUAUGAAAUUGAAUAAAGAUACGAAGACAUUUAAAUAGUUGAACCAUUAAGGCCGGAGGAGACGUGCGCUCAGUUCACAUGCAAAUGUGGUGCGAUUUAUGUACGUACCCAAUUUGUGGCGCAUAGUCUUAUCGGGCUCACAAUUAAAUUAUUAUGACAGGCGCU